AUGGUUGUCGAAGGACACAGAUUCUUCCGAGCAGCUAGCCGCGCAGAAAGGGUGCCGCCAAUCAUGCCCUCAAGCAAGCAGCCAAAGGUGCCAGCUGCUCGGCCCCUUUUUCACGAGGCCCUGGGUAGAGAACUGUCGAACAAAUUCCUCGCCCUGAGUACAGACCCUCGAACCAAGUCAUCAAUCAGUGACUUCUUCAACCCCGAACCAGCACACGAACCGAACCUAUGCCUCGAGACUAUUGAUGGAACUAGCCUUCGCAAUGGCGUAGCUAUUGCAGCUCAGAUCCUCACAGCGCCGUCGCAAGUCAUGCUGCCGAGAGAGCUAAGUCUCACUCAGGACAAAAAGCCGAAUCUGCCUGGAUGUAUCUACAAACUUGAUGACCUCAACGCCUUACAGGUCAUCGAGAGGCUACUAGGGCAAUAUGGUCGUAUGACACAUAUGGGCGUCCGCGAUCAUGCGUACCAAUUCUUCCUCAAUCCCUCACGCACCGGCGUCGUCUCCUAUCGACUCAUCGACAGAGUGGCCGUCGUCAGUGGCGACCCAAUUUGCCCCAUCUCUCGAUAUCAAAGUGUUCUUGAAGAGUUCCAGAACUACUGUCGAACUCGACACUGGCAAUACGCCAUCACCGGCGCCAGUGCUGAAAUGGCCAGGAUUUCGAAAGAGCUCGGCUGGACUACAGUGCAGUUUGCUCGAGAACGCGCUUUGGACGUUAGGAGCAACCCAGUCCUCCUUGGUGGUGAAGGCAAACGAAUCCGUACUCAAUGCAAGCAGCUCAUGAAGUCGGGGACACAACUGAGCAUAUACUGCCCCACAUACCAACGAGAUUUGCGCCUCGAGCAAGAAAUUUCUGAUCUGUAUGAGACUUGGCGAGCCGAACGUAACGACACGCGCAGCGUUCAAGCUUACGUGACAGUCUUCGACCUGUUCUCCCUCCACCGUCUCAUGGUGUUUAUCUACAGCCAAGAUCCCCUGGGCAAAAUCAACGGCUUCGCUGCGUUGCGGAAGCUAAAAGACGGUUAUCAUGUUGACCCUCUAAUCGCAAGGGCGAAUGCCCCUCGUGGCAUGGUUGAUCUACUACUUGUCGCGUCAAUGGCAUUCUUGCGGGAAGCAGGUGUCCAGCGACUCUUGCUGGGAGUCGAACCACUGGAAGAACUCGGUGAAAUUUCGGGCAUGUCUAGAGCGCUGGAAAGCUUGACCAGGAAGAGCCAUAAGCUGGUCUCCAAUGAACUGCCUCUGAGCGGAAAGAAGGGCUUUAACGACCGUUUCAGGCCGGCUAAGGCUCUAGAAGAGCAACUCUUUCUAGUAUACCCAAACUCGCCAAGCAUGAGACAGUCGGUUGCCAUGGCUCACUUUGCGAACAUUAGCUUUCAUGCCGCUCUCAAGCAAAAAUGUUCACGCAAACUGCAGUCACGAAUGCGGAGGCUGCCGAGCUCGGCGGACCAUUCAAUAGAGAACGCUAAGCAAAAGUCAGUAUGA